UAACGCUACACUUUGUAAACACUAAGUGUCUUAACGCGUUAUAGGAGCUUUUGCUGUAAAUGUAAAGAGCUCAUUGAUAGUUCUUCUUUUGUAGGAGUUACAGUUUUCCGACGUUAUUAUGAGUAGAUCAACAAUGGUUCUCAUUUUCACUUCACUUUUGGUUUUCAUAAGUCUAACCUCUGCUGAGAUGACCGUCCCUCGACGUCCACUUGGGUUCGUUUACAAAGAUGGCCAACCCACCGCUUCAGUUAGACUAGCUUCCUUUCUUGACCUGACAUGUCCGGACUCUCUGGAAGCAUUUAAAAUCUUACUCCAGGUGGCCGACUCCUUCAGUGACCGCAGUGUCCAGCUGCGCUUGUAUCUCUUCCCUCUACCUUAUCACACCAACAGCCAUCUUCUGUCUAAGGCUGCGCGCUUCCUUGACGACUUCACGAAGGUGUCUCCUUCCAAUGCUACCGUUUUUGACUGGAUCCAGCUUGUGUUCAGCAACAUGAGAUAUCUGAGCACCAGGGCUACAUCCAACAGCACCGAGGUUCAGGUUGUGGACUAUGUGACGUCUCUUGCCCAGUCACUUUUCCCCGUAUCUACAGAGCAGUUUAAACAAGGAAUCUACAACGCCAGUAUAGACGGAAUGACCAGGCUGGAAUGGAAGUACGGCGCUACGCGUGGCGUCUACGCCACCCCAAUGUUCACCAUCAAUGACGUAUUUGUCAAUGGGGACGCGUGGAACGUGUCCGAGUGGACUGCACGAGUGGACAACCUGUUGCAGGACAGUGUACACAGCGGCUGUGGAGCGAGGCUUGGGGCUGCUACUGUUGUGAACCUGUUGAACAUUUUUGGAGAUCCCUUCGGAGCGCUCAGUGGCUUAAGUCAUAUACAUCUAGCAGUCUUUAUCACUGCGUUACAAUGUCUGUUGUCAUACAUGAGUAGGAAUUAAAUGACCCUGCUAAUAG